GCGUAAACCAGUCACAAAACUUUUAAUUGCCCCCCUUUGUAUUUACAUUGGAUACAAAAGUAGAAAUGGCGGUCUUAGUAUAAAACAGAUAAAAUGAGCCAGGAAAGUCGAUUUUCGGCAAGUCAGAGUAGCGUACCGCCUGAGAUUUUGCAGAACCAAGAUGAUGAUUUCAUAAAUGAGUUGAAUAGGGUCGACGAAUUAUAUUUUUACGAUUACGAAUGCCCCGAGUCCGAGAUUAAUUCUGAUGUUGAAAACUUUAAAUCUGACAAUGACGACGACAAUGUCGAUCAUUUAGUCGAACCUUCAGAUGACGAUACACGAGAAUAUAUUGCACAGGCCCGUUUUAGAAAUGACACUUGCGGGUGCAAAGAAUUUUAUGGCGAACCUUGUAGCCAAAUCAUUGAAAUGGACGCCGUUAUUGAAUUCCGAGAGCACUGCAAGGAACUUUCUAAAGAUGAACUUGAUAUGAUAAUCAAGGCUGAAUUGUUUGCACACAGGCGUUCUGGUAGUGUCACUGAAGCCAAGAAAUCACAAAAUUAAAGAAAGGGAACGCCCAUACCAGGAGUUUUAUUUCAAAGGAAAGCGAGUAUGUAGACAGACAUUUUGUUUUAUCCAUGGGGUUGAAAAGAAGAAAUUACUUUCUAUUGCAAAAUCACUCGAUGUAGAUGGACUAUCUCCUAGAACUCAUGCUAGCACAGGGAAACUUCCAAAACAUGCCCUUACAUUUCAGGAUUCAGAAAGGAUGAAAACAUUUCUUAUCAAAUAUGCUACUGAUAAUGCUUUGCCUCUACCAGGCAGGUUGCCUAAUUACAAGAACCAUCAAGUUUUGUUGUUACCAUCUGACAAAAAUUCAGUUGACAUUCAUGCAGAUUAUGAAAAACUUGCAAUAAAUAUGAAGUAUAGAAGUGUGAGUGUAAGAACAUUUCAAAGACAGUGGCAUGAUUUAUGUCCCAAUAUUGUAGUUACAAAGCCAUGUACUGAUUUAUGCCAAAAGUGUCAGGAAUAUGCUGGUAAAAUAUCUAAUAGUGGAAAUCUGUCUGAAGAGGAAAAACAGUUAUUGUUAAAUCAAUAUAAUAUCCAUGUACAACUGGCAAAAGAACAAAGAGACUACUACCGUGAGCAGGUUAAACUUAGCAAACAAAACUACAUGGACUUGCCAGAUGCACUGAAACAAUCAGGAAAUUCUCCACAGUCAGUACAGACCACUCUACACUAUUCCUGGGAUUAUGCCCAACAAGUUCACUUUCCUCACCAUGCUCAGCAAGUGGGACCCAUUUAUUUCAAAACACCAAGAAAAUGUAAUGUGUUUGGAGUCUGCUCAGAAGGAUCUGGAAAACAAAGUUUCUAUUUGAUUGAUGAAGCUGAAAGUAUUGGCAAAGGAGCACACCCUGUUGUUAGUAUGGUGCAUCACUAUUUCAACAAAUUUGGUCAUGGAGAGACUGAUGCUAAAAUCCAUUUUGACAACUGCACUGGUCAGAACAAGAAUAAUGUAGUAUUAUGGUAUGCAUUAUGGAGAGUAAUGACAGGAUUACACAAAAGCAUAGAAUACUCAAUGAUGAUUGCAGGACAUACCAAGUUUGAGCCUGAUUGGCAUUUUGGUGUUUGGAAGUUACACUGGAGAAAUUCAGCAGCAGAAACAUUAUCAGAGGUAGCUGAAACUGUGACAAGGUCCAGCAGAAAUGGACACAACAUACCACAAGUUGUAGGAAAUACACAAGAUCCUGUAAUGUUUUAUGAAUGGAAGCCUUAUUUUCAACAGUACUUUAAAACUUUGAAACAUAUAACUGACUAUCAUCAUUUUUACAUUGAUUCACAACACCCAGGAGUAGUAACAUGCAGAGAAAAUGCAUCUUCAGAAUCAUAUACAUUCAAUUUACUGAAAUGUAAAACUAAAACUCCACCAGGAGGUGAGCUUCCUCAACCAUCUAACAUCAAAGGACUUGAACCUGCCAGGCAGUGGUAUUUAUAUGAGCAGAUAAGACAGCACUGCUACUCAGAUUCAGCUAAGAACAUUACAUGUCCGAAACCACUGGUUUCUAAAAAGGAAAUAGACUUAACACAACAAGACCAACACAAUGCCAAAUCCAAUGGAGGAAGAAAAAAGGCUCUGCUGAACUAAAUAAAAUGAUAAAAUAUUUCAGCGAAAAUCAUUUGAAUUUUAACACAAUGCUUGUACUAUUUAAAAAUAAAGAGAUGUGUUAUGAUUACCAAUGAGACAAGUUUCCACCUAAGUUUAAAUAAAGUGGAUGUAAGCAGUUAUAGGCACAUGUAUGGCCUUCAACAAUGAGAAAACCCAUACUGUAUAGUCAGUUAUGAAGCAGUUUAAUUGAGAAAAGUAAAGGACUAAUUAAAAACAAAACAAUUUACCAAAAAAAAAUAUGGCAGACAUGAACCAAUAACCUGUACAUACAAAAUUAAUGAAGUAAACAAAUUAAGCAAUUCUAUGAUUACUAGAAAUGACCUAUUACUAAAAAGUCAAACUCAAAGUGGAUGUUGUGUAAGCUUCCAUGAGACAAUCACCAGAAAAAAAUGAACUAUUUCAAAAUAAAAAUGUAUUUUGAAAUUAUUUUACUCUAUCAAGGCAACAAAUUGUUAUUUUAGUAAAUAAUGGCACAAAAAAUAUCCCAUAUCUGAUGGUGAGGAUUGGGGUUUACAGAAUAGAGAAAAAUGGGCAAAAAGAAAAUAAAAGGACCAAAAAGAUAAAGAAUAGAAAAUUCAAUGUACUGGGCAAAAAGUAUUAACAAAAUUGAAAUGAAGGACCCACCAUCCAGACCCUCAUAGCCUAUAUAUUUAUCUAUUAUAAAAAGAAACCAUUUGUUUCUUCUUUUAUAUACAUGUAAUUUGAAAUUUAAAGUUCUCUAAGAGUUAAAGUUCAUCACACAAUCUGGAAAAAAUUAAAAAAAUUAUUAAAAAAUAAAAAAAUUUUAAAAAAA